UCUCGAUGUACGGUGGCGGUAGUGGUGGCGGUAGUGGCGGCGGCGUCAGGGCGGACGGCAAGCUGCUGCAGCACCAGAUGGCGGUGCACGCGCAGCACCAGCAGCAGCCUGGCGUCCUGCUGGGCGACGAGAUGUCGCCCGACCACUACCUGCCGCCGCAGUCGCCGCUGCAGCUGCCGUCCGCCGUGCUGCUCAGCCGCCACAUCUCCAACGUACCACCGCUAGAGCCGGUGGCGGCGAGGCACGUCGCGACGGACGACCUGACGAGCGUCAUCACGUCGACCACGGACGCCGCCGACGGCCGCCGCAACUGACCCGCCAGCGCCGCUGCCUCGCCCCGGGAGCCGGACGCGCCGUGCAGACCGCGUCGGAGCGUGGUCCGCUGCGUUGCAGAGCCGCGUCGCAGACACGCGCUGCAAUGUCCCUGCAGCGUCUGCAGAAAAACGUGUCCGAAACAUUCGCGCUGCUCGAGCUGACGUGUCCGUAACUUUCCCCAACGACCCUAAAGUUCGCGCCGAAGGAACAAAAACGUUGUCGCGCCGACAUUUUUAACGUGUUCUCUCGCCAUGGAAGACCACACAAAUCUUUACCGUGCGACACGUAGGGAUUCGAACACACAAAAAAAAAGUGGUUUAAUUGUUAACGUUGAUCGGACCUCCAGUUCCAAAUGUUGUGACGAAUUUGAACAAAACCUUUUUAUAGUUAUAGCGUUAAUCUUUAGCAAUUAAUUGUUGACAAAUAGGUGCAACUGUUAAAGGCCAUUUUUCGAAGAUUAAAAAUGCAAAUAAUAGAACAUUUUUAAAACGCACGCAUUCGUUUACAUAAAUAUUCUGGUUUGAAUAAUCACGAU